GCGCUCAGUGAUGACGUCACAAUUACUGGACUAGGAGUCCACACGUGUGCUGCGCGCUGACAGCUCGUGACUAGAUCUGUGGACCUCCAUGAUGCUGAGGCUGAGGGCUGGGAAGCUGAUUGUGGCGGGGGGCAGCCGCCUGCUGGGGGGCAGGAUCAGGUCCAAGGACUCGUUCUUCAUCUUUGAUUGUGGUGAUCUGGAGAAGAGACUUCCAGCUGAAGGCAGACAGGACACGCCCACCAUCGCCUCGGAUAAGAUUUUGGCUGCUGCUUUCUCAUCUUCUGGGGACUAUUUUGCUUUGACCGAUGACAGUAAAAGACUUGUUCUAUUUAGGACGACUCCGACCUGGGAGAAGAUCAGUAUCAGGUGGGUCUGCCGUCGCUGCACCUCUCUGACCUUCUCGCCGUGUGAGCGCCGCAUCCUGGUGGCGGAUAAAUCUGGAGAUGUUUUCUCGUUCUCUGUGCAGGCUGCACAGGAGGAAGGACACCUGGAGCUGGGGCACCUCUCCAUGUUACUGGACCUGGUGGUGACUCAAGAUGGACAAUAUAUUAUUACCUGCGACCGUGAUGAGAAAAUCCGUGUCAGCCAGCGGGGGGCGCCGCACGUCAUCACUGCCUUCUGCCUGGGACAUACAGAGUUUGUCUCACAGCUGGCAUCUGCACAGGAGAAGCUGCUGCUGUCCGGAUCGGGGGAUGGGACACUGCGGCUCUGGAGAUACGAGACGGGACAGGAACUUCAGAGGUUUACCAUCGGCAGCAUUGAGAGGCCUGAAGAUUCCCAAAAUGAUACCCGAGAGAUCAAGAGAUUUGCUGUCUCCAGGAUCUGCUGCAGUGGAGAACAAGUGGCCGUCCUGUGUGAUGGCAUUCCUGGGAUCUACCUGUUCUCAAUUUCCACCAGUCCGCACCUCACCCACCAGCAGUACGUCGCCCUCCCGUAUGUCCCUGUGGACAUGGAUUUUGAGGACCUGACCUCCCUUUGGGUGUUAUUGUCUGUCAAGGAAAACCCUAUAGCGCUCCUCCAGUACAGAGAGCAGAGAUGGCAGCUGGUGCCGCUAGACGACCGCAUGAAGGAGGUGUCAGAGACCAUCAGAAAGAACUGGGAGCAAAUGGAAGGAUCGGUGACCCUGGAGAACCGCUUCAGCGCUUUAUAUAAAGCCGUAGUUGACAACAUGGCCUCCUACCUGCAGAAGAAGGAAGCGCGGAUCCAGACCGAGAAAAGGAAGUCCUCAACCGGGCAAACAGGAGCUGCUGCCAAGAUUCAGAAGAUGUGAAUCGGUGCUUGCUCCUCCCUCCAGAAGGCGACAGGUCACAUGGGACAGUAUAAGGGUCAGAGGAGGGUGAGGGGCUAGUGAUGUACUGACUGAUGAAGGGCGUCCUGGAGAGCCCCGCCUCUGACCCUCCGAUCCCCCGCGUAUCCCGCCUCUGACCCUCCGAUCCCCCGCGUAUCCCGCCUCUGACCCUCCGAUCCCCCGCGUAUCCCGCCUCUGACCCUCCGAUUCCCCCCCCCCCCCCCCCCCCACACACACACCAUCCAGGUCACAUUACAGCACUGAUGUCUGUGUAUUAUAAUGUACGGUAACUGCUUCCUGUUCAGACUGUGGUAGAGAGGUACUGGCGUUUAUCCCCCCCCCCCCACAUCUGAAGAAGUUUUCUAGGCCCUGAU